UCGCCCGAAGCCAUCACCCAUCGUCCGCCACUUCGGGACCCGAGCGGCCACUCCCCACACCGAUCGUCAAGAUGGCGAUGAAACGACUGACACAAGAGUUGGGGCCGCUGCAGAAAGAGAAAUGGGUGCUCAUCUAUGUAAGUCAUCAGCCUGGUCAUUAUAUAGCCCUGCUCACCAGACACAGCCCGACGAGAGGGACAUGCUGCGUUGGAGGCUGGGCCUCUGGGUGGUCAACCCCGACAGCGUCUGGCAUGGCGCUUACCUCAAGGCCGAAAUGAAGUUCCCCAACGACUACCCCUACGCACCGCCGACCUUCCGCUUCCUGACGAAGAACAUCACCCACCCAAACGUCUACGCCGACGGCGACCUCUGCAUCUCGAUUCUUCACAAACCUGGCGACGACAUUACAUCCGGCGAGCUGGCCAGCGAACGCUGGAACGUUCUCCACGGCGUUGAGUCGGUCCUUCGCUCUGUGCUCCUGCUCCUCGACGACCCCGAGAUCAACUCACCUGCCAACGUCGAUGCAGGCGUCCUCUACCGCGAUCGACGCGAAGAGUAUGACGCGAGAGCGAAGCGAAUUGUCGCCGAGUCUCAACAGCUCGUCCCUCCGGGUGAGCGGAUGCCUACCGCAGAGGAGCUGUCGCCAAAGCCAGCCGCACCCGUCGACGAUGAUGCUGACUUUUGGAAUAUGACGGACGAAGAGGAUGACUUUGGCGGCAGCGACAGCGAUGCGGACGAUUUUGAGGAUGACGAUGACGACGACGACGAUAAAAGUCGUUGACGACGCAUGGGCACAUGCGCAGACUACCUACCACAUUACGAUUUGGGAGUACCGGCCACGGGAUGCAUAGCGAACAAUUGCGUUUUGGGCUGUCUUGCAUGCUUUAUCUUAUUUAUCAACUUUGCGGGCUCUUUCACCUGUCCUGCGAGUCAUCGCGCAAGGUUGGAGGCGUCAUGGGUGGAGGAGCUACUGGAUUUGCAACAGUCAGGGUGCGCAAGCGGGAGCGGUCAACAAGGAGAUGCCUAGAGCACUUGAUCCCAUUACAAUAGAGGACUCACUUAUUUAGAGGUCUGUCUUGGUGCUUGGAGGAUAGGCUAGCCUAGACAGGGUCACUGAAUGUUAGCGUACGCGAGGGACACCUGUUGCUCUUAUCCUUGGCUGCCGUGAAGGUGAAGUAGGAUAACAAUACUGUCCU